AUGGCUAAUGGGAAGGACUUAAAUCAUGAACUUUCUCAACUUUUCAAUGAGAUGUGGGAUAUGGAUGUUAACCGCCUUAUUCCUGGGAAAGACUACACAAUUGAUUUGCAGGGAAAAGCUGGUGCCACACAGCAAGGUGCCAGUGCCGUUCAAGACAGCGCACCCAGACAUCUCUUUCAUAAUGUGAAUGAAGAACGCCUUAAAAGCAUAAAAACUUUUGCAACCUUUAUUUCCUUACUGGACAACUAUGAGACAUCAACUGGUAUAGAAGAAGUAGUGACUCCAGAAGAAAUAGCUGAAAACAACUCUUUUCUUGAUGCUAUCCUAGGAACAGAAGUCAUGAAACUGGCUCAUGAAUAUCUGCUUAAAAAAAACCUAGCAAAGACAAACCUUGCUGAUUUCAAAAAUCAGCUCUAUGACAUCUGGUUCCAGCUGUAUGCCAGGAAAGAAGGAGACAGGCCUGAUUCUUGUGGUUUUGAACAUGUUUUUGUGGGAGAAACAAGGCGUGGUAAACAGAUCUUAGGUUUGCACAACUGGGUGCAAUUUUACCUUCAGGAAAAGCAAAACCAAAUUGACUACAAGGGAUAUGUCGCUCGGAAGAACAAAACCAGGCCUGACAAGGAUGACCAAGUUUUGAGCAUCCAGUUCACCUGGAAGGGCUCGGUCAAGCCAAUUGGAAGCACCUUUAUUGGUGUCAGCCCAGAGUUUGAAUUUGCCCUUUACACCGUAAUUUUCCUGCUGGCUAAAGAAAGAGUCACACGUGAAACAGUGAAGAUAGAAGAGUAUGAGCUACAGAUUGUUGUUUACCGCCAUGGACACCACAUUGGAACAGCAUAUCCAGUACUCCUCAGCACCAGCAGUGAGGCCUAG